CAGACUUGGGCAGCACGGUUGAGUCAGUCCCCGCAGCGCGUGUGUCUAGCGGCCAGCGGCAUGUUUGCAGUCUAUUCUCUGCUCGCUGCUGCAUCGGCGGCUUUGGCUUCCCAAAUACCUAUGCAUGACAGUAGGGUGUGGUGCAUCGAGUUGUCGCGGUCGUGGGACGCAAGUCGACAGAGAUAAGUAAAGUUUGAGGAAGAGCUUACCAUGUCACAGGUACUCGGGCCAUUUCCUAUUCACGCCAGAGAGCAGCACUAUGUCUCUCCGUCGUUUCCUACCUUGAACCUGUCUCAACCAAUCGAUUUUGACCAAACCUGGCCCUCGGCUUACGCCGAUAAUGGACGUGUCGCUUGGUCCAAAGCCGAAGCCAGCCUUGAUGGAGACUUGAAGAUUUCUUUUCCAGAAAUAAGAUGGUCAAAUCUGCGGGCUACUGAAGGCUGGGCCGCCCUACAACACCACGCUUUAUUGCGCAGUACACUCACUGUUUAUCCGCCCACGACGAGAUCCCCGUCGGUCAUCAUGCCACAGCUUCUCGUCCAACUGAUCCAGGGCUCGUACUUUUCCAUCGUGAGUCCCGACGAUCCUGCACCGGCAGAAUGGCACGCUGGGAACAUCUAUGCUCUGGAGCGAACACUUCCCAAGACCGUCCAACUUCCGACAGCUCCAUCCCUCACAGCGCCAACAACAUACGAAAUCUUCGUUAGCGGAGAUUAUGAGAUCCGACUGUUUGGUGAUCCGAAGGAGGCAGCGCCAACACAAAGCAUUCGAGUUUCCGUUGAUUUAGAAACUCCCAGUGGGAUCGAACCACUCAAGAUCGAGUCGAGUCAGAAUGUUGUCGCCGACUUCCUUGACGGUUACUCUUUUGGUAAUGCGCUCGGUUUGGGCGUUCGCAACGUUGACACCAAGUGGUGGAAUGUAACCAGCGUAUUGCUGUUUGCUCCCUCCCCCGACUUCAGCAUAGAUCUGCUGCGCGCGACGGCUCUCGCUCCGUCUCAGACCCGAAUCGUCCCGUUGCGUAUUCGACAGUCGGCGCCUUUCCACGAUGAAAACCUCCAAAUCCGCCUCUCUCUCUCCUCUGCAGGUCGAAAAAUCUCCCUGCCGGUCACCAUCUCCCUCCGGCAUCUUAGUGGCUACAACUCUUCCCUUCUUGGCACGUAUUUCUACGCUGAAGAAAUGCCGACUGCAUUUGCUGCGUUGCCGCCGCUCAAAAACGGACGGGCCGCACCUCCUGUCCUGUGUCUACAUGGGGCUGGUGUUGACAUCCAGUCCCAAAGUUUCUGGAUCGACUCUUUACCCCGACAGCAACAUAGUUGGUUGGUGGCACCUUCGGGUCGUACAGCGUGGGGUCUGGACUGGCAUGGUCCAAGCGCUAAAGAAGCAUUCGAUUCCGUAGAUGCGUUGGGCGCCAUCCUCAAACGCAAUGUUGAAUGGCAAUCGUGGGAGCUCUCGGAACCCAGCCCCAAAGUCAUUCUGAUGGGUCAUUCUAACGGGGGGCAGGGAUCUUGGUAUCUGGCUUCGCGUUAUCCCGAUCGUGUUCUUGGAGUUGUGCCGGCCGCUGCCUACAUCAAAUCUCAAGCCUAUGUCUCUUGGGCCAUGUCGAGGUCGACUCAUUACAUCGAUCCUAUGACCCAAGCUAUUCUCGAUUCGUCGUUGACCCCAGAUAAUAACGAUCUGUUCCUGUCGAACCUGAUUGAUACCCCGAUUCUUGCUAUUCAUGGAGGAAGCGACGACAAUGUCCCGGUCUGGCACUCCCGAGAAGCAGUCAGUGUCGUGCAGACGUGGAAUCCUGCAGCUAAUGUGAGCUUUCGGGAAGAUCCGGGAGAGCUUCAUUGGUAUCCUACGAUAUUAAAGGUGAACAAGCAAGUCCAAGAUUUCCUCGAUCAAAUUCUGCAGUCACCAUCGAGUCGUCCCUCUCCACGAUACACUCUGACAGUGGCAAAUCCAUCCGAAAGUGGCUCGUUGCAUGGAUGGAAAGUAGAGCAAUUAUGUGUUCCGGGACGGCUAGCUCGAUUGACUGUGCAACAUCACGGUGAGCGGCGAAUCGUCGUCACCACUUCCAAUGUGUGCAGUUUCUCGCUCCUGGGAGAAGGGUGGUCCGCUCAGUCGGUCGAAGUGGAUAACCAGUUGCAACUAUCGCCGGAAUCAGCCGCCGCUGAUUUGUUCGUCUUUGACAGAGACGAUCGUCGAGAAUGGACGCUUCGGGUGACGGGUGACACUUCGACUAAUGUGGGAAUGACACUCCCUGGACGAGUCCAGAUGUUCCUCUCGACCCCUGGACCAUUCCAGUUGAUCGUUCUUGACAAGUCCAACUCGCGGCAUCUGUCUCUUGCGCUGCGGAUCGCCCAUGACCUGAACGCGUACCACAGAUUAGAUGCUGAAAUCCUUAUGGGUUACCAGAGCGACACUCAACCCAAGGGAAAUGUGCUCAUUAUCAGCGACACACAUGAUCCCGAACUUGCGAUGCUAAUGAAAAACUCGCCGACACCGUUCCAUGUCACAAACGACGGGCUUAGCGUGCGACAUCGACCACUGGACCAGAGUGGACUAGGUGUCUUAUUCCUCCAUCCCCACCCGAACAACCCGAAUUCGCGGCUGCUAUUUCUACUGGGCUCGGACAAUGAAGGCUUGGAACGUGCUGCAAGACUGUUCCCCAUUAGGACGGGCGUCGCAGUCCCAGACUGGGUGAUCACAACGGCGUUGGCGGACCAGGUCGGAGCCGCUGGUAUCUUGGGUGCUGGGGUAUAUGGUCUGAAUUGGAGCUGGAAUGAAGCCACAUCUUGGCUGUAUUAGCGAAGAAUCUCUCAAGUCUCCCUGCUGCGAUUCAGCUCGAUCUAUCCGAUUCUCCUGGUGCAGAGAUCUUUCACGUGAUCUGCAUAAAUUGACAUGUCGGAGCAUGAGUACUGUUAAUAUCAUUGCCAUUGAAGAUAGGCUGUCUGUCUAAGCUGGUGAAGUUCAUAAAGCUUUGACCGGAUUGCCUUGCUUGACAAGGCUUCUCCACCCCCAUAAUUCGCAUCAAAAUAGUGCCGGAUUGAUCCGUUUGUGACAUACCGAUUUUUUCCGAUGUAACAAUGUAAUGACAUGACAUUUGACAUUU